CGUAGGCAUUGAACAUGAAUUGAGGACGCUCGAGAGAUACAUAUAUCGCCCGUGAAGGACAAACCAAAGUUCCAACCACACUGUGUUUCUACCCAUUGCCCUGCCUCCUCUUUUCACUCCUAAUUCCCCCUCAUAGCCUCCAAGUUUUUAACCUUUGGCCCGUUACGCGUUGCACGUAACUGAACACUCCACGAUCUGUGCGACGUAACUAAGCUUUCCGUACGAAACUCUGACAAGCUGGACGCUAAGAAAAAAUCGAACCAAACAAAAGAAAAAGGCCCGCCUCAGAAUCGUCCGGUCCGCUUACAGUCUGGCCUAGCGCCCUCGCCGUCUCCCCUUUCUAGAUUUCUCCCGCACCGCCUCACUCCUAAGUAAGGUCCGUCUCAUAUCUUUAUUGAAAGAGGCCGGACUCACUCAGGAACCCUACCUACUGUACUGGCCCCCAUCCCAUCCCGUUUCCUCCUGAGCGGGACCCUUCUCCAAUCUUCCCGCCCUCCACAUUCACCCGCCUCUUGGUCCCCGUCCUUUUCUUGCCAAACGGGCGGGCAUACACACCGCAGUAGUUCGCAGAGCAGGCGUCACGGCGUACAUCACGCAUUCCUCAAGUGAACACCACCAACACCUUACAGCAACCCGCUUCCUCAGCGGGACAUCCCGGCAGUGAAAAGUUGGAACUAGGCAGGGAACUAGCAACAACAAGCUGCUCUGAUCAUCGACAGUGUCCAACGGUGCCCUUCUCGGGCUGAACCCCCCAAGCGGCACCAAAACAGCCAAGAUGACGACCGCAACGGCCCUCCUCCGCCGCGUCCAAGUCCCCCGCGAGACGGACGUGGCAACGACGGCCUACAUGAACCGCGACACCCGGCCCCUCCCGCCCUCCCGCCGCACCUACGGGCCCUGGCAAUUCGUCGGCCUCUGGGUCGUCACCGGCUCCUUCAACAUCGGCGGCUGGACGACGGGCUCCUCCCUCAUCGCCCUUGGCCUUAACGUCUGGCAGGCCAUGCUGACCGUCAUCAUCGGCCACUGCCUCGUCGGCCUCAUCUGCGUCCUCGCCGGCGGGCCGGGCGCGAAAUGGCACAUUGGCUUCUCCAUCCUGCAAAAGGCCUCCUGGGGCAUGCGCGGCGCUCUCUUCCCGCUCGUCCAGCGCAUCGUAUUAUCGUUUAUAUGGUACUCUACCCAAGUCUACUGGGGCGGGCAAUGCGUACGCACCUUCAUCGCCUCCAUGGCCCCGUCCUUCAACAACCUCGACACGCCCCUCGCCAACGGCACAAUGACGGUGGCAGACUUCAUCGGCUUCAUCAUCUUCUCCCUCCUCUGCCUCCCUCUAAUCUAUAUCCGCCCCGAACGCUACCACAUCCCCUUCGCCGUCGCCGCCUGCACCGUCAUCCCCACCGUCUUCGUCCUCUUAAUCUGGUGCCUCGCCACAGCCCGCGGCGCCGGCCCCAUGCUCCACGACAUCACCUCCACCGCCGGUGUCCAGCAGGCAACGGGCUCCCACCUGGGCUGGAUGCUCGCCCUCGGCAUCUGCACGAACAUCGGCGGCAUCAGCACCCACAUCUUCUCCCAGUCCGACUUCACCCGCUUCGCCCGCCGGCCCCGUGACCAGCUCGCCUCCCAGCUCGUCUUCGUGCCCGUCAACACCAUCCUCGUCGCUUUUGUCGGCAUCGUCUGCACCUCGUGCGCCGCCCAGCUCUUUCCCAAGACCCAGGGCACGCUCGUCUGGGAACCCUACCGCUUCCUCGACGCCCUCCAAGCCCACUACGACAACAGCGCGGGAGCCCGCGCCGCCGUCUUCUUCGCGGCCCUCGCCUUCAUCUUUGCCCAGUUCGGCAUCGCCGUCGCGGAGAACGCCCUCUCCAACGGCAUCGACCUCUCCGCCCUGCUGCCGCGCUACUUUAACCUCCGCCGCGGCGGGUACCUCACCGCAGCCGUGGCCUUUAUCAUGCAGCCGUGGCAGCUCCUCAACGGCGCAAGCAAAUUCCUCACGGUGAUGGGCGGCUACGGCGUCUUCCUAGGCUCCAUGACGGGUGUGAUGUUUGCAGAUUACUACCUCGUCCGCGCGCGGCGGCUGAAGCUGACGGACCUGUACGAGGCGAGCAGCCGGAGCGUGUACUGGUACCGCGGGGGCGUCAACUGGCGCGCCGGCGUGUCGUGGACGGUGGGCACGUUCUCCCUGCUGCCCGGGUUCGUGCAGCGAGUGCAGGAUCCGACGGUUGAAAAGGCGGGGUGGUCGCACCUGUACUACCUCGCUUGGCCGUUGGGUUGUACCCUUGCCGUGGUAUCGUAUUGCCUACUGCAUGUUGCGUUUCCGAUUCGGGACCCUCAUGCGGUGGACGACGCGGACUAUUUUGGUACGUUUGGGCCGGCGGAGAGGCCGGUGCUAGACGGGGAGCAGCUUCCGUCGUCGUCUUCCAAGGCGUCUGAUAGAGAUGAUUCGACUAGCAAGAUUCGUGAGGAGCCCGAUGAGAAGAGGGUGUGAAGGGGGGUAGGUCUUUUGAAGGAGGUGUGUUAUGAUCACGAGCCAGCUCUUGUCGUUUUCCUUGUUAUAGCGCGCGGGAUACCUUUUGUUGCGU